CAGACAUGACAGACGGAAGCGAAGUGCAACUGAAACGGAUCCGAUUGUACUGUAAACCUCUCAAACAUGAUAAAGAAUUACAUUUAUUUAAAUGUUUAGAUGAGGUACACUUAGAGAACGCAUCAACCACCUCUAUUGAGACGAAUUCUUGAUAAAAAAGCGCAUUUAUUGACAACUUCCCGUUUUGUUGACAUGAGAUUUAUUUUGGGAACUUCACGCAACCGGUCAGAUUCUCUUAAGCAUGAGCGGCCAGCAGGUGUCGCUGUUACUGCAGGAAUGUCUCAGGCGGGCAGUGAGCGGACCGACCGGAGCAACAGAGACUCUUCCGCUGCUCAGCGAUGAACUGAGCUCACUGUUACAGGAAGCUGCCGACAGGAAGUGGCCAUUCGUGGAGGAGAAAUGGCAGUACAAACAGUCUGUGACAUCAGAGGACAAAAUAAACUCAUCAGACCUCAUUAAAAAACAUCUGCCGCAGUUACUGAUAUUUCUCAGAGAAAGCAUCACAGCUGAUGAACCGAAGUGGGCGGUCGCAGUUGUCUUUCUGCUCGAUCGUCUUCUGUAUUGGAUGGACAGCUCUCAUGUCCUACUGAAGAUUGCUAAAGCGUUGCACAAACGUUAUCCAGAGAUCCCCAUCGCCCCUCAGGUCAUCAUCAGACAAGCUCGUGUGUAUCUGAACAGUGGUAAACUACAGAAAGCAGAGUACAUACUCAGCAGUCUGAUAAAUAAUAACGGAUCAACAGGCUCUUGGACGUAUCAGAAGGCCAGCGAUCAGAUAUUAGUGCAAGCCGUCAGUCUUCAAGUGCGCGGACAAGUGCUACAGAAGUUAGGUUUGUGGCUUGAGGCUGCUGAACUCAUUUGGGCGUCCUUAAUUGGCUUUUACGCUCUUCCUCAACCUGAUAAAAAGGGCAUUGGGACAUCCCUCGGGCUGCUGGCCAACAUACUGAUAUCCAUGAACGGCAACGACUUUGCCGCACUUCAGAAAAAGCCUCAUAUUGACUUUAGUUUUCUAGGAGAAUGUCGUCAUCGUCUGCUGUCUGCAGCGCGGGCUGCAAAAAUGGCGGUUGUGUACAGUCAGUAUGGAUCUCUGUACGUCCUGACCAAUGUGGUUGCACAGGGUACUUGUUUACUGUCCUACAGUUUCUCCAAAAAAUGCCCCGUGGACGACCAGCAAACUUACCUCGCCUUGGCUAAGGAGGCGUUUGAGAUUGGCUUGCUAACAAAGACGACAGGAGAUGUUGUUACGAGCAAACUGGAGUUACACACUUUUCUUAAAGCUGCUUACUGUUUAGCCACAACUCACAGAUGGAUGGCCGGUCUGUCCCAAAAGGUCAACAUGGCAAUGCAAACCUGUCGGGAAGCCAUGACUAUAUUUUUAGACUACUGUACGGGAGAGCAUUCCACAUUGUGUACCGAGAUCAUGGCAAAGAUACAACAGAUUAAGUUGUUGCUAAAGGUGCAAAGCUUCCAUAAUUCAGAUCCAUGCUCUUUUAUUCCCGACAGCUUCCGCUCAGUUGAGCUUGUGCCCAUUCUGUUCACUUCCAGUGAUUUUGCUAAGGUUUUGGACGGUUUUAGAAAACACCACACAUCGGUGUGCGAGGCUUUGGAGAACGAUGUUUUGAGUGAUCAAAAAGGUGCUUCAAGCUCAACUCAUGUACACUGUAUAACAGCAUUUCAGACAAACACUGAAGUCCUCACAACGGAGUGCAAUACUGAGAACUUGGCACACCCAGGACAUCUGCAAAAGGCACUUGGUUGUCGAGUGGACCCUUCUAGACCAACUCAAGAGGUUAGUGAUGUAUGCAUUGAAGGAGGUUGGAAAAGAGAGUCCAGUGGAACGUUUUCCUCCAGGCUGAAUCCAUCUAGUAGUGGAUCUUUUCUUCUAGUUGAUCCAAACGGUUGUACUGAGACACAAGGUUCUGACGAUGAACAAAGCAGCCUUGGAUCUUUCGAGGCAGUUCCAAACUACAGCAAUGGAAGUCAUGGGAGCAAUCAAAGUAGCAUUGGUUCUUCCAAACCCAACACGUCUACACACAACAAGACAGCAUUCCAAGAACUUUGCACGACAGAAGACAGUGAGGACAGUUCACUAGUCAACAGUAUACUGGAUGCUACAGGUACAAGUAACCAACAAAGAGACAAGAAAAAUCUGGAUGCAAGAACUUCCUCAAGUAGCUUGGAAUCUUCAUGGGAGAAGAUAGCAGCACAAACUCAAAGUGCCAUUGAAACGAUGGAGGACAACCUAGACUCCUCUUACUUUACCAACCAAACCACUUCCAAUUCUGUAACCAAUCAAGAUGCAAAAGUUGAGAACACUAAAGAUGGGAGCACUUCCUCCUACUCCCUGAUUGAUAGCUUUGGAUCGCACUCUUCUUGGCAAAAGCUGUCAAUGAGUCCUGUUACAAAUCAGCCUGCCAAAGAGUUCCCACUUCAGGCCUCAGGUUCGAUGCUUUCUUCAGACAAGCUUCUCAAAUUCCAAGGUCACUUAAAACCUGCUAUUCAGACCAUAGGAUCGACUUUAUCAUCCACUGAGAGCAACCCGUUUGAAGAAAUGGGUUUUGAGCAUCUAUCAGUACAGCAAAGUCCAGGCGUCCUCUCCUCUACAAAAGACAAUGCAGAGUCAUGCAAUGAAUGCUUCAAGAACUGCAUCAAGGGAAGUGACGUUCUGACAGAACAUGACUACAAAUCUCUGUUUGCUGGAGUUUGUCAUAGCUGUUUAGUCAAGAGAUUGCCGAACAAAUCAAUAAAACCCCUAGAACCUCGACAGAUGAGCAAGGCCUACAAUGGCAUUGUCUUGAAAUACUCAAAGGCCUCUGAUGUGUGGAUGGGCUAUGAAACCAGCGUUUACAUCGGAAAAUGCACUGGUGACCAAGGCAAACAGAGGCGAGCCAUGGAAGUGCAGCACCUCCAUCAGGAACAACUGCUCAGCAGCUAUGUAGGAAAGGAGUACCUGAAAGAAAAAGGGCUCCAUGCCCACCUCAACGACGUGGAGAGACAGAUGACUGCACAGUAUUACGUUACGGAGUUUAAUAAACGCCUCUAUGAUAAUAACGUCACCACGCAGAUCUUCUUCAUCCCCUCUGAAGUGAUGCUGGUUCUGGAGAAGGAUCGUAUCGUAACAUGUUUGUCUGCAGAACCGUACAUGUCUGGGCAGUUUUUAAAGCUCACAAACAACACAAAAGAAACAAAAAUGGAGCACCUGGCAACAAAGUACGGCAUCGCCUUUGGUCAUUUCACAUACGAGUUCUCCAAUCAUGAGGAAGUUGUGGUGGAUCUCCAAGGGUGGGUAACAGCCAAUGGGAAAGGUCUGACCUAUCUGACUGACCCUCAGAUUCACUCGCUCAGAAAACCAAGAUCUAGUAACUUCCAACAGAUGGGAAUCAACUACUUCCUGAAAUAUCAGCACGGAGAUGAGUGUAAUGAGAUCUGUCGAGCUGCUGGACUCAAGAGAAUUAAUACAGAGAAAUGAGAUGAAAUAACCAUGAAACUAUAGUUUAUAAUUCAGUAUAUAAUAUUUGCGCAGCUCUCUGGAAUACUUGAUUGUGAUUGGUUAAUGGCAGCUUUCUGUAAACUGUAUUAGAAAUGAUUCCUACAUUGCUGUGCUAGUUUCAUGUCUCUCGUAUCACUCCAUAGUACAAAUACAAUCAUUUACAUUCAAAUCUAUGUUUGAUGUACAUUUAUAAUAAUAAUAUAAUUUUUUUUUUUUUUUUGAUAAGUAGCCAAUUUUGCGAUAAUGACUAGUUCUGUCCCUUACAUAUAAUAAAAUAUAAAACAGUGGGGUUCAAAAGUCUACUUUGAAAACCAGGGAUUCAAAAUCCAAUUUAGACCUAGAAAUCUUAGGAUUUUAAAAAUGUAAAAACAAAGAAAUAUGAAAUAAAAUGAAUAAGAAAUAUUUAAUUGAAAUUAAAUAGCAUAUAUUAAAUUAAAAAAAAGUAAAAAAUAUUAUUUAAUUAUUUAUUUUUUAACCUUGUGUGACCCCGUGUCCACAUGCAUGGACAUUGUAUUUUGGCUUUGCUAUAUAUGCAAUGUAUAAUUUAAUUUAAUUUAAACCGAGUCAUGUGAUUAAACAACAUGGCGCUGAUCACAGCGGAGUUUGUGUUUGGGAGAAAUCGCCAACAAAACUACAUCUGGUAAGAAACCUCAUUAAGUUUUUACAUUGAAACCUGUUUGAAUCAAAAGAUUAGAGUCUCUAGUUUCAUCUGAUAUGCCAUUCUUUUAAAUUUGAGUGAUUUAUCGCGAAACGCCACUCUGUUGAACACAAUGACCACAUACGUGGACUGCAGGCUCAGCUUCAGGUAAAAUACCCUAUAUUUACUGUACAUUAUCAUAUUGAGUAUAAAUGAGUUCAUCCAAAAUCUAAAAUGUGUCUUUCAGAGGCUUUAUAUGGAGUAAGGAUGAAAAUAAGGUGCAUUUCAAACUGUUCUGAGACCAGUGCAGACAGACAGCACACUGGAGGUUAAGUCAUUCACUAAAUAGGGAGCAAGGGAGCAUCCUAUAGCUCUCUAUGCAGUGAUGUAAGAUCAGUGUUGCCAGAUCAUGCAACAGAAGCAAGCAACCACAAUAAAAGUACUUUUUUAUUUUUACUUUAUUAGUAUCACUAUAAUUAUUGAAAAGAGAAGUUGCAAUGAAACCUUGUUUAAUCUGUUAUUGUGGGUUUGUUUUGUCAGAUCAUGU